CUCAAACAAAUUAAUUUUUUAUUUUCCGAUCAUCAGAAAAUGCCGAGAAAAGGAAUGAGGAGUGUGUGUUUCUCACCGAAAAUUUCUUCUUCUUUCUUCUCUCCCCCUUCUCCUUUACGAAUCGGUUUUUCUCCAUCUCACCCAAGCAUCUCCGACUCGGUGAUGGACCGGACUCUCGAAAUAGCCGAACCGGUCAUCGUGAAGUGGGAUCCGGAAACCACCACCUUCGCUCGAGUUACCUCUCUCUUCUACGAGAACCGCCGCGAGGCCAGGGAAUUCAUCAAAACCGUCAACAAUUUGCAGAAGGCGAUGCACUUCAUCGUCAAGGAGGAUUCCGGAUCUGAAAAGUUGGUUCGAGCGCAGAAUCUGAUGCAGAUUGCAAUGAAGAGGCUUCAGAAGGAGUUCUACCAGAUUCUGUCCAUGAACCGGGCUCACCUAGACCCCGAGUCGGUCUCGACUCGGUCGUCGCGCACAUCGACCGGUUCCAGCACUUCCUACAAUGAAGACGAAGACGACGAUGACGUCAUCAGAGCUGCUGAUGACUCGAUUACCGAAGUUGAAGAUGCUUCGCUUUCGGCCAUGGCGGAUCUGAAAUUGAUCGCUGAGUGCAUGAUUUCGUCCGGCUACGCUAAGGAGUGCUUGAAGAUUUACAAAAUUAUUCGGAAAUCGAUUGUUGAUGAAGGAAUUUACAAGCUUGGGGUUGAGAAAUUGACGUCUUCUCAGAUUCAUAAAAUGGAUUGGGAAUCUGUGGAGCUGAGAAUUAAGAACUGGCUUAACGCCGUUAGAACUGCCGUGAAGACUCUCUUUAACGGCGAGAGGAUUCUGUCAGAUCACGUUUUCGCCAGCUCAGAUUCAAUCAGGGAAUCGUGCUUUGCGGAGAUCACUAAAGACGGAGCCACGCUUCUGUUCGCGUUUCCGGAAAACGUGGCGAAACACAGCAAAAAAUGGCCGGAAAAAGUUUUCAGAGUUCUAGACAUGUACGCCGGAAUCUCCAAUUACUGGCCGGAGAUCGACUCGAUUUUCUCAUUCGAAUCAACGAUCCCCAUCAAGUCGCAAGCGCUGACGUCACUGGUCAAGCUCGGAGAGUUCGUCCGCGCCGCGCUGCACGACUUCGAGUCGGCUAUUCAGAAGGAUUCCACAAAAUCGCCGGUCGCCGGCGCCGGAAACCACAACCUGACAAUCGACGCGAUGGAAUACCUCACAAAUCUCGCCGAUUACAGCAGUAUUCUGUCGGACAUCCUGGCAGACUCUCCGCCGGAGACGAAGAAAUUAAUGCCGGAAUCGUACUUCGGAUUCUCCGAUACCGAGGAAUCUCCGGCGCCGGCGAUAUCUCUGAAAAUGGCGUGGCUGAUCCUAGUCCUCCUCUGCAAACUCGACACAAAGGCAAAGUACUACAAAGACGUUUCCCUAGCGUACUUAUUCCUCGCCAACAACCUCCAAUACGUCGUCGUAAAGGUGCAAACCUCGAACCUGAGAUACAUCCUCGGCGACGAGUGGCUGACGAAUCACAAAUCCAAGAUCAAACAGUUCGCCGCAAACUACGAGCGGUUAGGGUGGGGCCACGUCAUCGACUCUCUCUCCUCUGUCAAUCCAACGGCCGAGGACACUCCUCCCGAAAAAGUCAAAGAAACUUUCAAAAAAUUCAACGCGUCGUUCGAGCAGGCGUACAAGAAGCAGGGUGUGUGCGUCGUACCGGAUAACAAGCUCCGUGACUAUAUAAAGGUUUCUAUUGCGAGAAAGAUAAUUAGACUGUACCGCGAGUUCUACAACGCCCACAGGCAGAAAAUGGUGGGAGAGAGAAAUUCUGCAGUAGUUGUCAGAUAUGCCCCUGAAGAUGUGGGCCACCACUUAUCGGAUCUGUUUUUUGGCAAUAUUGAGUCAGGGAGUUCUUCGUCAUUUUCGUCUCCUUCUCCUUCCCAUUCUCAACCACGACGAUCAGCUGAUUGAGAAUUUAAAAAAAAAUUAAAAAAAAAAUAUUAUAGUAUAUAAAUAUAUAAUUAAUGCAUAUUAUUACAAGUCCAGAGAAUAUAAUAUCAUCAUAGGAAAGUGUAUUUCCAUACCUUCUCGGUGAUUAAUUCUUGUAUAUGAGUAUACAAUUUGAGUGGAUAAAAUGAAUUUAUUUGGAAGAAUUUUAUAAUAAAUUAUACUAUUUGUGAUCAAA